AUGCUUCAAAAUAAAUGUCGUCAUUCGAGUAUAUUACCAAAUGAAAUAUGCUCGUUUUGCAACACGACAACGCCUGAGACCCUUUUAGACAUUUGCUUCGACUACAUCAACAAACACCCGAAAACGAUAUGUAAUCCGGAUUUCUGCAUGAAGGGGCUGCAACUAAUGGAGGGAUUAUCGCUCCCCGUGGAGAUCUGCGAACGGUUACUGAACGUUCGAAACAAUAGUUUAACGCCAGUUGACUCGAAUUUUAUAAAUAUAUUUAGAAACACGGACUGUACUCGAUUGAAAAGGGUCAAAUUAAGACAGUCCGAGUUGCUCGACGAAGAUUUAGAGAUACUUUUAAAACAUAAUUUGUGCGAAUUGGACUUAUCGUUAUGUUCGAAUCUAACCUCGGAUUGUAUCCAAUACAUUACGGAUAAUUGUUCUAAUUUAUUAAGUUUGAGCAUAGGCGAAGACACCGACAUUUUCCCCGUUCGAAUAUUCGGCAAAUUCCCCCUCGACCGCGAACUCUACAACAAGCAAUACAUCUUUCACACCCCCAACCUUAGAAGACUAACCAUUAGAAGUUUACAUUUAUUAAAUCCCGACUUUUUCAUGAUUCUACUCUAUCCCCUAACCAAUCUAACCCACUUAGAUCUAUCGAAUUGCCACGACCUAAACGACUUCUCCUACACGCAACAACUCGUCAAUCUCAACUCGUUGAUAUUGUACAACGUGCACGGCAUCGAGCCGAUGAUACCCGCCAUUUGCAAGCUCACCAAUCUCAAGCACCUGGACAUCUCCCAGUCCCGAGACGACCAAGGCAAGUACGAGCAAGGCGACAAGAUACUGAAAACCAUCGUCGAGAGCCUGCACAAGUUGAUCUCCCUGGAUAUAUCCGGCACGAAUCUGGCCGGCAGAGGCGUAGCGGAGACUCUGAACGAAUCGGUUUGCGACAUACCGGGCUUGACCUCUCGAGCGAACAAUCCCUUCCAAUACCUCGGGCUGUACGAGACCUCGCACGACGCCUGCCUCAGGCACGACAUCCCGGCCAAACUGGUGGCCGGUAACGCGAACGAAGAACAAAUCCUGGUGGCCGCUUUGGCCUACUUGGAUCGCACCGAUAUGCUCCAGAAGGUCAUGAACGAGCUGUUCCACUUGUUCAGGCUCGAGAACAUCGAAUACCUCGGACAGGCUUUGAAUAUCGUGCUGGAAGCGAUGAGCAGGCAUUUGUACGAGAGGCACAUCCAGAUAUCGGGAAGCGCUACGUUGUUCUAUAUAGUAAAAGGCACCGGGCCGGAGUUGCACGACGACGUUAAAGUAAAGAGAAAAAUUAUAACCACUCUAUUAAACGGGAUGAGUAUCCACAAGAACGAUGAUACGAUGAUGAGGAACGGUUGCCUGACGUUGUGCCAGUUCAGGAUACCACAGGACGUGCUGUUCGAUUACGAGCGGCUGGUGAAGAUAUUGCUCUACUCGGUGCACGGAAUGGCGCAGCUGAGCUUCGUGCAAAGGAUCGGUAUAUAUUUACUGAAUUCGCUCGCAUGCCAAGUCGACGGCCACCAGAAGGUGAAAUUGGGCGAAUUGGGGGCGAUAAACAAAAUGAUAUGGUUGAUAAAGGAGAGGUUGGAACGAGGACUGUGCGACGACGUGUUAGAAGUGGCCUGGUCGACGAUGUGGAACGUGACCGACGAAACGCCGUUGAAUUGCAGGAAAUUUCUCGAACAGAAAGGAAUGGAGCACUUCCUGCAAUGUUUAGAAAAAUUUCCGGACAAAGAGGAGCUGCUGCGCAACAUGAUGGGCCUGCUGGGCAACGUGGCGGAAGUGCGCGAGCUGCGGCGCUACCUCAUCACGCCCGAAUACCUGACGGUGUUCUCGGGGCUGUUGGAUUCGCGCAGCGACGGUAUAGAGGUGAGCUACAACGCCGCAGGAGUGAUAUCGCACAUCGCGUCGGACGGGCCCGAAGUGUGGAACGUGCAGGAGCCGUCGAGGCCGUUCGUGCUGAACAAAAUGGUGUCGGCGAUCGAACGGUGGGAUUUGAAUUCGUUGAGGAACAUCAAUUACAGAUCGUUCGAGCCGAUUUUGUGUUUGGUGCAGGUGUUCCAUACGCCCGAGUGCCAGCAUUGGGCCGUUUGGGCCUUGGCUAAUUUGACGAAAGUUUAUCCGGAUAAAUACUGUACCUUGGUGGAGAAGGAAGGCGGAUUGAAGUUGUUGGAGAAGUUAGUCAACCAUCCGGACGUUCCUAAUACAGUGAAAGAUUUGGCUAUUAUCGUUACGAAGAAUUGCGGGAAAUUUCAGGCCUCGCUCGAGGGGUGA